GAGACAGAGACAGACAGAGACUCAGAGAGCCAGGAGACAGACAGAGACUCAGAGAGUCAGGAGACAGACAGAGACUCAGAGAGCCAGGAGACAGAGACUCAGAGAGCCAGGAGACAGACAGAGACUCAGAGAGACAGAGACAGACAGAGACUCAGAGAGCCAGAGACAGACAGAGACUCAGAGAGCUAGGAGACAGACAGAGACUCAGAGAGCCAGGAGACAGACAGAGACUCAGAGAGCCAGGAGACGGAACACGCGGAGGAGGUUCCACCGUGACGCUGACAACUCAGCUCCUCCUCCAUCUCCUCCUCCAUCUCCCCGCUGCUUCUGUCGCGGCUGCUGCUCCCCCUCUCCCCCUCGCCCUCUCUGCUGCUCCUCCUGCUGCUGCUGCUCUCUCUCUGCUCGCCUCGACUCUUGGCCUCAGCAACAACAGUGGCGGCGGCGGCAGCAGCCUGGCCUUGGAUUCUCACUCAAGGACGCUGACUGAGUCAUGCUGGACGAUGACCCGUCAUGUGACCUGUCACAUGACCCCACCUCGUCAUCCACCACCACCACCUCCUCCUCCGCUCGCUCCACGCGAAGCUCACAGGAAGUGACAUCACAGCGGCCACGGGGACAGGAAGUGACCUCACAGCUGCGCCGGUCACAGGAAGUAACAUCAUCGCAUCGGCGGGGAAAGGAAGUAACAUCACAACAGCGGGGACAGGAAGUGACAUCACAGCGCGGACAAGAAGUGACCUCUCAGCGGCGCCAGGGACAGGAAGUGGCGUUCCUGGCGGGGAGAGAGGCGGAGGGGGAAGGGGAGGAGCCGUGCUUCUACGAAACGGUGGAAGGAGGAGUGCGCCUGUUCCGCUGCCGCCUGUGCCCCUACAGCAGCCCGCGGAGGUCGUACCUCCCCACGCACAACCUGACGCACACCCAGCAGAACCCCUUCUCCUGCAGCCUCUGUCCCUACGAGUGCAAGUCCAAGCAGCAGCUGGACACGCACGCCAUGAAACACUCGGGCCUGCGCCCCUUCAAGUGCCCGCACUGCGAGUACGCGACGUUCGCCCGGAGCCACUUGCGCCAGCACCUCGCCCGCUUCCACCACCACCACCCCUCCCCCUCCCCCCCACUCUUGACCCUUUCCCGUAGGGGAGGGGCUCGGCGUGCCCGCUCCCGAGGUGGUGGGGGAGGAGCGGGGGGAGGGGCGGGGGAGUCCCUUGCCCUGCUCCAGCACGGCAGAGCCAGGGGCCACGGAGUAGUAGGAGGCAUGAGCCCCCCACCAGCACCACAGCCACCCAGGCUGCCCCCCCGGGUCCUCUGCUGCUCCCGCUGCCCCUACCGCACCUCGCGGCGGGACCGGCUCCUCCUGCACCAGACUCGUCGUCAUGGCAACCACCACGACCACCCGACCACCAUCACGACCGCCGCAACAACAACAGCAACAACCAACAAUGACAGCAAAUCCUCUGGAGGAGGUGGAGGAGAUUUAGGAGGGAGAUUUAGUGGAGGAGGAGGUGGAGGGGGUGGAGGAGGUGGUGGAGGGAGCUCCCUGCUCCGAGCUGCGCUAACCGCUGUCCCCUCGGCCGCCGCCUCCUCCUCGCCUCUCCGUAUUAACCUGGGAUCACUGCUCAAAGGCAGGCGGGCACCCUCCAUGGGUCGGGGCUCUCGGACGAGGCCACGGCCACCACCGCCGACGACCACGAGGAGGAGGAGGCCCUCGCAGGAGGAGGUAGAGGGAGAUCUGGAGGACGUGGAGGGAGAUCUUGGAGAUCCAGAGGAGGUGGGUGUCCUGGACGAUCUGGAGAAGGCGGAGGCCCAGGAAGAUCUGGAAGGGGAGGAGGAGGCCCACGCUGACCGAGGAGAUCUGGAGGACAACUCUCACAGUGACCUGGGGGAGGCGGAUCACUUCAAGUCGCCAGGACACCUGGCCGCCGUGACAUCGGAACCCCUCAACGGAGACUCUGGGACCACCGCCUCAACCACCACCGCCCUCUCAACCGAUGCUGCCGACAGCGACCGCUGCUCCACCACCACCGCCACCUCUGCUGGUCCCGCAUCACCACCGCCGCCACCACCGCCUCAACCGCCGCCACCGCCGCCACCGCCUCAGUCGCCGGCGUUGGGCGGACGCAAGGUGCCCCCUUUGCGCCAAGCCAAGUCCCGGGCCUCCUUCAGCCGCCCGUCCCCGUUCCCUCCGCAGGCGGCCGAGGGCCCCGCCUUCCGGCGGGCCGCGGGAGGGCACUACCAGUGCCUGCAGUGCCCCUUCCUCACCGCCCACCGUCGCUCCAUCUCACGCCACGUCCUCAACAUCCACACGGGGGGCGCCCGACGUCAGCCCGGCGGUGGCGGAGGCGGCAGCGGCGGCGGGGGGCCGUCGGCAUCAUCCGGCGCCGGCGGGCGUCGGAGGAGCAGGGGGGGUAAGGACGGCGGGCCAGAUUUUAACACCCCGGGAACUCGGCCCGCCCAGGGCUUCUCCUGCCAGCGCUGUGACUUCCGCUGCGCCACAGCCUACUCCUUCGUGCUGCACGUGCAGGCUCACCGGGGCAGCGGCGGGGGGGCAGGGACCGGCACAACGGGCGGCGGAGGGACGGGGACGGGCCCCGGGACCCCCGUGGAUGGAGGGGCGGACGACGGGGCCGGCGGGCAGAGGAAGACGCCGGCCCGGAGGUUGCGCUGCGCGUGCUGCGACUACCGGAGCCACUCGGUCAAGGGCCUCCGCGUUCACCAGCAACUGAAGCACGGACUGUGCGACUUCACGAAGGGUCUCCUCUACGACGAGGUGGAGGAGGAGGAGGAGGAAGAGGACGGGGAGGCCGCGGGGAGGGGGCGGCGGCGGCUUCGCGGGUCUGCGGACGCCGCCAACCGCCCAUCCCCCUCGUCGUCGUCCGGCAACAACAACAACAACAACGCAACAACAACAACAACGGCAAGAGGCGCCCAGGCGAUUCCGUACCCCGAGCCGGGCGAGAUCUGCACAGAUGGAGACAGAGUUCACAUCCACCUGGACGGAGAGGGUUUCGACGAUGACGUGGAGGACGAUGAUGAGGACGACGAGGAGGACGAUGAUGAGGAUGAAGACGAUGACGAGUAUGGGGAGGUGGAGGAUGGCGAGGUGGAGGAUGGCGAGGUGCUGGAUGGGGAGGUGGAAGACGGCGAGGUGGAGGAGGAGGGGGAGCUGAGAUGCUACGUGGACACGACGGCUCCGGGGAGACGCCGGAAGUCGCUGUCCGGCGUCGUCUCCCGGCUGCUGCUGCCGCCACCGCCUCCCUUCCACGCAGAGCCGCCCGGCAGCAACAACGCCACCGCCGCCGCCGUAAGCCCCCUCAGCACCACAGCCACGGAGCCUCCCGGCGCCUCUCCGUGGGGGGCUCACUCUGCCACCGCUCACCACCACCACGAUGCUCACCAAGACCACGCUCAGCACCCGGCGCAGCGAAAGCGUCCACGCAUCGACGAGAUCGCGAGCUCGCUGCACACGCGCAUCCAGCGUCGCCACGUCCUGCUGGGCUCGCCGUCCUCCUCACCGCAGCCCUCCUCGCCGCCGUACUCCUCCUCCUCCUCGCCGUCGUCCCGCUACCACCACAGGCAGCACGGCUACGGCGGUGACGGCGGCGGCGGCGACGUCGGACGUAGGACGAGGAAGAGGAGCAGGAAGGGAGGAGGCGUGAUCUGCGGCGAUGGCGGUGAUGGCGACGAUGAUGGUGGUGAUGUCGACGGCGGUGAAGACGACGGCGGCGACGAUGAUGAUGGUGGCGACGACGGUUACGACGACGGUUACGACGACGGUGGCGACGAUGACGAUGGGCGAUGGUGGCAUGACGACGGCGGCGGCGGCGGCAACGGCGACGGCUCUCCCUAUCGACGGCAGCAGCAGCAGCUGUCCAACAACUCUGGCAGAUCGUUUGGUGGUGGCGGCGGCGGCGGUGUACCACGACCAUCCCCCGCAUCGUCCUCCACCGGGUCGACGACGACGACAACAACAACAACGGCGGCAGCAACAACAACAGCAGCGGCGACGACGUUCCGCUGCAAGCACUGCGAGUAUCACAGCGCGACGGCGCGAGGCGUGAGCACGCACUACCAGCGCAUGCACCCCUACGUCAAGUUCAACUUCCGCUACAUCCUGGACCCGCUCGACCGCUCGGAGACCUACCGCUGCCUCGAGUGCCCCCACGAGUCGCCCGCGCUGCCCGCGCUCAAGCGCCACUACUCGCGACGCCACCCGCAGGCGCUCUACGUGCACAGCCUGGAGCGGCCCGGCCGCUCGCUGUACCGCUGCGUCGCGUGCCCCUACACGAACGCCAACGUGCGCGGCAUGAUGCCGCACUACCAGAGGAUGCACCCAGGCGUCGCCGUCACCAACGCGCUCAUCUUCUCCAGCUUCGUGAGGCUGCCGGACGACGGUGGUGGCGGCGGAGAUGGUGGUGGCGAUGAUGACGAUGGCGGCGGCGGUGGUGAUGGCGAUGCAGCAUCGUCCGUAGCCAGAGGUGGAGGAGGAGGAGGCGUUGAAGGAGGCAAGUCGCGUGGACACGGCGGCCCGUCUCCAGCGCCCGGUCGCUGGCAAUCGCCGUCGCCCGACGCCACAACAACCACAGCAACCACUGGACCCGCCGCUGGCCCGCCCCAACCGCAACCGCGGCCAACCACGGCCUACCAAUGCGACCUGUGCACCUAUACGCACCUCAACAUCCACUCGGUCCUCAUCCACUACCAGCGUGGUCACCGCGACGUCAAGGCCUCGUACUCGCGCAUACGCAAGGUGGCGCUGGGUCCCGACGGCGUUCCGCGGUCUCCCACCCUCGCCCGCCCCGCCACCAACUCCCCCCCCUCCUCCUCGUCAGCUGGGGCGGCGGCAGGGGCGGCGGCAGGGGCGGCGGCGGCCCCUGCAGCAGCAGCGGCCCACGCAGCCGUCGCCCCGGGAGACCUGCUCUACUUUUGCCGCCACUGCACCUACUCCCACCGCAGCGUGGAGUCCGUGCUGGCGCACUACCGGCAGUCGCACCCGGACGUCGUGGUCACCGCCGGUUACAUCCGUCGCGGCUACAGCCUCCUGCCUCGUCCCACCACCGGCGCUGGCAUCGCCGGCGCCGGCGCCGCCGCCGACGCGUCCGGAGCCCAGCGCGGCGCACUGCAGCCGCUCGGCGCCAGGGUGAAGGUGGGAGGGCUGGAGAAGGCGGAGCCCGCCGACCCGCUGACACUCUUCUACUGCCGGGUGUGCCCCUACGACAACCGCACCCUCAAGGGCGUGCUGGUGCACUACCAGAAGCGCCAUGGCGAGGUGAAGAUCACGGGGCUGGCGGUGAGGGAGCACACGGAGGUCGUGCGCCGUCGGAUCCUCCUCAUGCAGCAGAGUCAGCAGCAGCAGGACGGGAAUCAGAAUCAGCCGCGGAAGAAGAUGGAGUUCCAUGAUGGAAAUCAGCAGCAGCAACAGCAUCAGAAGAUGGAAUUGGAUGACGGAAAUUUGCUUAAGCAGCAGCAGCAUCACCAGCAGGGCAUGCUUAGCAGCUCAUGGCAACAACCACUCUACCCUCUCUCUGAGAAAGGAAAGGAGAUGAUGAUGAUGAUGGUGGUGGGCGGUGGUGGUGGUGGUGGUGGUGGUAGUAGUAGUAGUGGUGGUGGUGCCAGGCUAGGUGCACCGGUCGUUUCAGCUUCGGCUGCGUUGGAAGCGGCUUCGGCAGCUCCUUGCGCGCCGGUCAUGGCGGCCGUUAUGGGCGGAGGAGGAGAUGGCAGUGCAGCAAGGGGGAAGAGAGCGAGUGGAGGAGGUGUCGGUGGUGGAGGAGUUGGAGGAGGUGGAGGAGGAGCAGCGUCCAGAGCCGAGGCGCGGGCACUUCGGUUGGCACCGCCUGCCCUGUGGUGCAGAUUCUGCGAUCGGCGGGAGCGUUACAUCCUGGAUCUCCGCAGGCACUACGAGGAGGCUCACCCCAAGGUUGCCGUCACGUCCGGCACGCUGCUGGCGUGGGCCUCCCAGGAUGGCCAGGUGUCCCCUGGCUACCACUGCGAGCUCUGCGGCUUCCGCCACUCGCUGGCCAAGGGCCUGUACGCACACUACCAACACGGCCACCGCUCCCACGCCAUCAACUACCAGUACGUCCUCACGCAGCUGUGCGUGCGGCCGCCGGACGACGCCGCCGCCGCCGCCGCAGCAGCAGCACCACCUACCGGGACCAGGAGAGGUUCCCGGACAGAGCAGGACGACGAGGAGGAGGUCCAAAAGACCAAGGAGGAGGAGGAGGUUCAUGAGGAGGAGGAGGUGGGGGAGGGGGGAAGCUCGCUCCAUGCGUGCGUCAAUUGCAGCUUCCGCAGUUCGACGCGAGGCGACCUUCUGGUUCACUACGAGGCCUUCCAUCCCUGGCAGCAACCUCCCGUGCAGCCAUCACAGCCUCAGCCUCAUCAGCCUCUGGUGGAGGUGAAGGUGAAGGUGGAGGUGGAGGAGGAGUUGGAGGUGGAGGAGGAGGAAGAGGAGGCGAUGGAUGGUGGUGAUAACGGAGACGGAUUUGCGACGAAGAAGAAAAAGAGGAGGAAAAUUAUGAUGGUGAUGCCAUCGUUGCUGGGUGAUGGUGGUGAUGGUGGUGAUGGUGGUGAUGGUGGUGAUGGUGGUGAUGGUGGUGAUGGGGAUGCAGCAUUGUCCUUAGCCAGAGGUGUAUCCCCGGCGAGCACUAGCCCAGGCCGCAUGGUCACCUACCAUUGCAAGCACUGCAGCUUCUACUCGUGCACGAACCUCCACGGCCUGCUCACACACUAUGGCAAGAAGCACCCCGAGGUGAAGGUCAAGAUGUCGGACUUCCUGCGUCCCGAGGACCCCAAAUACAACUCUGUGUACAAGUGUCGGCACUGCCCCUACACCAACACGCGCAUCCACGGAGUGCUCACCCACUGCCAGAAGAGACAUCCGGAUGUCAAGGUGACUGCGGACGACUUUCUGCGCGACGCCGAGUUCACCCCGAGCUGCGGGGUGUCCCCGUGCCCCUCCAGCCCCCUGUCCAAGCCCAGCUUCGGCGCCUACCGCUGCCCCGUGUGCCCCUACGCCCACUCCAGCCUGGACAAGUUGCGGGCGCACUGCCAGCGCCAGCACUCCCGUGCCAGCCUGGCCGCCGCCGCCGGCGCCUCCGGGGCUCACUCCUCCCUCUUCCUGCCACCGCUGCCGCCUCCUCACCACGCCGCCCAACAGCCCCACCGCCCCGUCGGCGUCUCGUCGUCGUCGUCGUCUCCCACGGUCGCCCCCCUCUCGGCAUUCUUCGCCACCUCCUCAUCGCUCUCCUCCCCCACCCUCGUGCCCCUCUCCUCCUCGUCCGCCCGCUUCCGUGCCAGCAUUGCGGGAACGUUGCCGCCGCCCGCAUCCGGGAUUCCCUCGUCCGGAACUCCGGUGGGGUCGGGGUCGGGUUUGGGGUCUGGGUUGGGGCCAUCCCAACAGCAGCAGCAGCGUCACCCCCACCACCGCUACUUGUCGCUGGCUUCGCCACUGCCGCCGCUACCGCCGGCAAAGUCUCCGUUGGCCACCGCCGGUGGAGCGCAGCAGCAGCAGCAGCGGCAGCGCUCCGGCUCCCCCCUUGGAACGUUCCUCCAAAUCUUCUCCUCUGCUGCAUCUCCCUCGGAUCGCUCCGCGGAUUCCUUCUCCUCCUCCUCCGGUGGUGGUGGUGGUACCGGUGGUGGUUCUGGUGGUGGUGGCAACACCGGCCGGAGGAUGGUUUCCUCCUUCCCGGAGCCCGGGCGCGCCGUCUUCCGCUGCCGCCUGUGCCGCUACGCGUGCGGCACUCGCAAGGGCAUCGCCCGCCACUACCGCCUCACCCACAGUGACGUGCGGGCGCAGCCCGCCGGCGGCCUCAACCUGUUUGCGUGCACGCUGUGCGCCUACACCCACCCGCUGCGCAAGGGGCUCGCGUCGCACUACCAGAAGCGGCAUGGGGACAUCGAGGCGUACUACACCCACUGCCUGGCCGCCCUCUGGGACGUGACGCCCGAGGGGAAGGCCGUUCCCGUAGUGGGGGGAGCAGCGGGACUGGGACUGGGGGGAAUGGGAGGAGGAGGGCUCGGAGCCGUGGGGCUGGGAUCUGGCAUCGGGAGACUGUCAGCCGGAGCUGCGGCCGGUUCCACGGCCGGAGUUGUGGGGCUGGGAUCUGGCAGGAAGGCGGUGAUUCUGGACGGCGCUGGGAAGUCUGUGAGGAUGGCAGCGAUGGGUGAACUUCGGAGAGGACCGGAGCGGUGGUUGCCGUGGCGAUGUUCAUUCUGCGCCUUCCAGACGGAGACCAAGAAGGGCAUCGUGUCUCACUACCUCAAGAAGCACCCAGGCAUGUACCCCAAGAAGAAGUACUCCUCCAAGCUUCGCGAGUACUUCAGAGUUGUCUACGUGGAGAGUGCAGUAGCCACCACCACCGCUACCGCCACCGCCACCGCAGCAGCAGCACCCACACCACAGCUCCCACCAUAUCGGUGCGUGAGCUGCGCUGAGUCGGAGUUCGGGGACCUGGGGACUCUGGCGGCGCACUACACGGAGACUCACAGCCACCAGUUCCCGCGCGAGUUCUCGGUUCAGGAGGAGGGAGACAAGGAGAGAGACACGGAGGGAGACACGGAGGGAGACACGGAGGGAGACACGGAGGGAGACAAGCACGGAGACAUGGAGAGAGACACGGAGAGAGACACGGAGGGAGACACGGAGGGAGACAAGGCCAGAGACACGGAGGGAGCCAAGGAGGGAAACAAGGAGGGGGACACGGAGGGAGACACGGAGGGAGACACGGAGGGAGACACGGAGGGAGACACGGAGAGAGACACGGAGAGAGACACGGAGAGAGACACGGAGAGAGACACGGAGAGAGACACGGAGAGAGACACGGAGAGAGACACGGAGAGAGACACGGAGAGAGACAAGGACGGAGACAAGGACGGAGACACGGAGGGAGACACGGAGGGAGCCAAGGAGGGAAACAAGGAGGGGGACACGGAGGGGGCCGGCCGGCUAUCGUGUCUCUCUUGUGGACUUAUCGUCCGCUCUGUGGGGGACAUGGGGAGACACCUGGAGCAGCACGGGGAUGCGGGGAGACAUGCCGGCGAGACCCGCGGGGGACAGGGAGACAAUGCGGGGGGACAGGGAGACAACGCGGCUGAGCCCGAGUACAGUGAGAUUGCGGGCUAUCAGUGCCGCUUCUGUGGAGAAACUCACCACUCCAUGAAGGCCAUCGCCAACCACCUACGCAAGCACCUCAACAAGCGCGCCUCCCAGCCGGUCUUGACGCCGGGUGGCGGAGGGCCCCACAACGCUCUCCCCGGCUCGACUCCGUCGCCCGCCGCCUCCUCGCCUCCACCCUCCUCAUCGUUGUCAUCGCGAGGACGGGGAGGAGGAGGAGGCAGCGGUGGAAGCUACGGUGCCGAUUUUCAGUCUCCGUGCGCGGCCGAGCGGAGCUCCGGGGGAGUCGGAUCGACGGCUGCUGUAGCCGCGGGAAUAAAGGUCCCCGCUCCGUCCCUCCAGGGCGGCGUGGGCAGCAGCAGUGGCUCCCCCGAGGGCAACAACAGGGGCUACCCCUGCUCCGACUGCCCCCUGCUCUUCCGCUCGCUGGCGGGCCUGCGCUCGCACGAGAAGAGCCACGCGGCUCACGCUGCCUCGUCGGCGGCCGCCUCGGGCGUCCGCUACAGCCGGACGGAGGGGCGCUACAGCUGCGAACUCUGCUCCUUCGCCACGGCCUUUAAGCACAACAUGUUGAGACACGUCCAGAACCGUCAUGGCCACCACAAGCCGUACCGCUGUAAGCUCUGCUCCUUCCGCACGGGCUACAAGACUUGCCUCACCAGCCAUGUGCAGCGUCUACACCCCACUAAUGUAUCCUCAGCACCCUCACAGCUGAGAAGAGAAGUCUGCAACACAACUCCUGCAGCCGAUGGCUACCAAGAACCCAAGUACAUCGAAGCUCAGAUCAUGCAGUACCACAACAGGAUGGCGAUGGCUUCAACAUUCACCUCCACCACCACCUCUUCCUCCUCCAACACGUCCACCACCGCCGACAAUGCCACAGAUCCCAACAACCACAACAACCACAGCAACCAAAGCAACCACCUCAACCACAAUCAGAGCCCCCACCACAACACCUCACCACCGUCGCAGUCGCUCACCAAGUCGCUCACCAAGUCGGUGGCUCUCCCCUGCGAGUUCUGCUCCUUUGUGAGCUCCCACGUCCAAAGCCUCAAGAGGCACUACCGGGACCGGCAUAAUGGGAAACGUCUCCGCUGCUGCACCCUCUGCACCUUCUACAGCGGCAGCAGGGAAGUGCUGGAGUCCCACGUCCGUGGGCAGCACGGAGGGGUGGGGCUCUCUGGCGGGGCGCCCCUCUCUGGGGGCGUGGGUCCCGCUGGGGUGGUGGGGGGAGGAGGGGGUGGGGGCUAUCCCCCGAGGGCGGAGCUGCAGUGCCCUUUCUGCCUCUACAGCAGCCUGGACAAGGCGACCAUGAUCACUCACAUCAUACUACACGGAGAUGAGCGUCUGCUGCCCGUAGAGACGCGCCGCUCCAAGCUGUCGCGCCAUCUCCGUGGCCGAGUCUUCCGCUGCGCCCGUUGCACUUUCUCGAGCGCCAGCCGUGCCACUCUGCUGCUGCACGCCUCACGCAAGCACGGCGGGGCGGGCACCGGGGCAGGGGGGCCCAGGAUGGGGGGCGCACCUCCCCACCACCACCCCAACCCGCCCCCACCACAGGAGGGGAUACGCGGGGGGGAGGCCGGGGGGUUGGCGCUGUUUGGGUGCCGGCUCUGCACCCAUGAAACGGAGCUCCUGGCCGAAAUUCAGAGCCACCUGAGGAGCAUUCACCGGGUCCAGAGGAACAUGGAGUUGGUGACGGAGGUGGUUGUUGCAGAGACGCUGGGUGGUGAGGGUGGUGAAGAGGAUGGGGGUGAGGAGGAUGGUGAGGAAGAGGGUGGUGAGGAUGGGGGUGAGGAUUGGGCGGGUGAGGAGGAUUCCAAGGUCUCCACUGGGGCAGAGAGUACAGGGAGUGCAGGGAGUGUGAAUUCACGAAGAUUCCCCUGUGAGUUCUGUGGCAGGGCAUUUGCCUUCAGCGUUGACUGGGAGAGACAUAUCCAACGCCACCGCCUUGCCUUCAAUGGUGGAGACCUUCCAGUCACCUCCAGCCCGGUCACAGACCACCACCAACAGCAGCACCACCAGCAGGAUGAGGAGGUGGAGGACAACCACAGUCGCAACAACAAUGUUGACAACGUGAAUCGUGAAGACACAGCGGAAGGUCCUGAGGAGGUGGAUGAGGAAGUGGAUGAAGAUGAUGAGGAUGAGGAGGAGGAUGAGGAAGAUGAUGAGGAUGAGGAGGAUGAGGAUGAGGAGGAUGAGGAGGAGGAGGACAAUCACGGGAGCAACAGGAACAAGGUUGACGGUGUGCAUCGUGAAGACGCAGCUGAGCGUCCUGAGGACGAGGUGGUGGAGGAGGAAGAGACCUUAUUGGCUCAGAAGAUCACCUUCAAUAACCAUCGUGAUGGUGGUAGUGGAGAUGGUGGUGAUGGUGGAGCUGAUGGUAAAGAUGGCGAUGGUAGUGGUGAUGGUGGAGAUGGCGAUGUUGAUAAGCGUGCAGAUGGUGAUGUCCAAGAUGGAGGCAUGGCCCACUGUGAAAAGGUGGAAGGAGGUGGUGGUGGUGGUGAUGGUGGUGAUGGUGAUGAUGUGGACAGGGAUCUGUUGAGUUUCUUGCAGAUGGAGUCCACUUGGCCCGCUGGGGGUGACUCGGCCACGGUCGCCGAGUCAACCUCGGCUAGCAGAGCUGAGUCACUCUCGGCAGCUGAGUCAGCAAUAGCAGCAGCUGAGUCACCCUCAGCACCUGAGUCACUCUCAGCCCCUGAGUCAACCUCGACUAGCCAGAGCUGAGUCACUCUGAACACCUGAGUCACUGCUUGCUACCAAGAAUCAGAGCUGAGUCACUCUGAGCUAGCCAGAGCUGAGUCACCAUCAGGAGCUGAGUCACUCAGCUACCCAGAACCAGAGCUGAGUCACUCUGAGCUACCACAGAUGAGUCACUCUGAGCAGUAGCCCCAUCAAGGGUGCGUGGGUAGUUUGGUUGACAGGCGAAUGGGUGGGUAGGCGAGUUGGUAGGCGGGUAGUUGGAUGGGUGGGUGGG